CCUGGAACACUGUUCUCACCCUCUGUCCCUGUUUAUAUGGGAAAGUGAGCUCAGUGAUUAGUGAGGAGUUUACAACCAUUAAGUUUACGUCAUGUUGAAUUGUCAACAAAAUUAUAUUAAUCAAAUGGUGAGCUCUCAAAGCACAAAAUGUUUUUUUUCCCUUUUGUCCUCCAGUCUCAUCAGUGUAAACAUGAACACCAAACUCUGCAGCAGGCAGAUUGAUGGGAGAAAACAAUACUGAGAAUACCGUCACUCUGGGGAUUUGUAGAAAAUAAUCCUGCCCAUCAGAAAGAAAAGAAAGAUGAGACUGGCUCUGUAUUAUCUGACACUGUUGGGGUCAAGUUACGUGAUUUCAGCUUACGGACCCAUUCAGAGAGCACAGAUGACUGGUGAUAUUUUGCUUGGAGGUCUUUUCCCCAUACACUUUGGUGUUGCCUCCAAAGACCAAGACCUUGCAGCCCGGCCCGAAUCCACACAGUGUGUCAGGUUCAAUUUCCGUGGUUUCCGUUGGCUCCAGGCCAUGAUUUUUGCGAUUGAUGAGAUAAACAACAGCACUACUCUCCUGCCCAACAUCACCCUGGGCUACAGGAUCUUUGACACCUGCAACACAGUGUCAAAAGCCCUGGAAGCUACACUCAGUUUUGUGGCGCAAAAUAAAAUUGACUCUCUGAAUCUAGAUGAAUUUUGUAACUGCACUGAUCACAUCCCAGCAACCAUUGCGGUAGUCGGAGCCGCCGGAUCUGCAGUGUCUACAGCAGUCGCAAACCUACUGGGUCUCUUUUAUAUUCCACAGAUCAGCUACGCCUCCUCUAGUCGCUUACUGAGCAACAAGAACCAAUACAAAUCCUUCAUGAGGACCAUUCCUACAGACGAGUACCAGGCCACAGCCAUGGCAGACAUCAUUGAGCACUUUCAGUGGAACUGGGUCAUUGCCGUGGCCUCAGAUGACGACUAUGGACGCCCAGGGAUUGAAAAGUUUGAGAAGGAGAUGGAAGAGCGAGACAUCUGCAUUCACCUAAAUGAACUUAUUUCUCAGUACUUUGAGGAUCAUGAAAUCCAAGCUCUGGCUGACAGGAUUGAGAACUCCACAGCUAAAGUAAUUGUUGCAUUUGCCAGCGGCCCCGAUGUUGAGCCUUUAAUCAAAGAGAUGGUCAGGAGAAACAUCACAGAUCGUAUCUGGUUAGCCAGUGAAGCAUGGUCAAGCUCUUCUCUUAUUGCUAAACCAGAAUAUCUUGAUGUCAUGGCAGGGACUAUUGGCUUUGCUCUAAAGGCAGGGCAUAUACCUGGCUUUAGAGAGUUCUUACAAAAAGUCCAACCAAAGAAGGACAGUCACAACGAAUUUGUCAGGGAGUUUUGGGAAGAAACCUUCAACUGUUACCUGGAAGACAGUCCAAGGCUGCAAGAAAGUGAGAAUGGUAGCACUAGUUUCAGACCUUUGUGCACUGGUGAAGAAGACAUCACGAGUGUUGAGACCCCAUACCUUGAUCACACACAUCUUCGUAUCUCUUAUAAUGUGUAUGUUGCAGUUUAUUCCAUUGCACAUGCCUUACAGGACAUACUCACCUGCACGCCUGGACAAGGACUUUUUGCCAACAAUUCUUGUGCAGAUAUGAAGAAAAUGGAAGCAUGGCAGGUUCUGAAGCAGCUCAGGCAUUUGAACUACACUAACAGUAUGGGGGGAAAGAUGCACUUUGAUGAGAAUGCAGACCUGUCAGCAAACUACACCAUUAUAAACUGGCACAGGUCUGCGGAAGAUGGCUCUGUGGUGUUUGAGGAGGUUGGAUACUACAAUGUGCACACAAAACGAGGGGCUAAACUGUUCAUUGACAAGACAAAGAUUCUGUGGAAUGGAUACAGUUCUGAGGUGCCUUUCUCCAACUGCAGUGAGGACUGUGAACCUGGUACAAGAAAAGGGAUCAUAGACAGCAUGCCCACAUGUUGCUUUGAAUGCACCGAGUGCUCUGAUGGAGAGUACAGUAAUCAUAGAGAUGCCAGCGUUUGCACCAAAUGUCCAAAUAACUCCUGGUCCAACGGGAACCACACAUUCUGUUUCCUGAAGGAGAUCGAGUUUCUUUCCUGGACAGAACCGUUUGGUAUAGCUCUGGCAAUAUGUGCGGUAUUGGGUGUUGUCUUGACAGCCUUCGUGAUGGGAGUCUUCAUCAAAUUUCGCAACACUCCAAUAGUGAAGGCCACAAACCGAGAGCUGUCCUAUGUCCUCCUGUUCUCACUUAUCUGUUGCUUUGGCAGCUCGCUCAUCUUCAUCGGAGAGCCACAGGAUUGGACAUGCCGUUUACGGCAGCCCGCCUUUGGGAUCAGUUUUGUUCUCUGCAUCUCCUGCAUCCUUGUGAAAACUAACAGAGUACUUUUGGUAUUUGAAGCCAAGAUCCCUACAAGUCUCCAUCGUAAAUGGUGGGGAUUGAACCUGCAGUUCCUGUUGGUGUUUCUGUGUACUUUUGUCCAAGUCAUGAUAUGUGUGAUCUGGCUUUACAAUGCCCCUCCUUCCAGCUACAGGAACCACGAUAUUGAUGAGAUCAUUUUUAUCACAUGCAAUGAAGGCUCUGUGAUGGCUCUUGGGUUUCUUAUUGGCUAUACGUGCCUCUUGGCAGCAAUAUGUUUCUUCUUUGCUUUUAAAUCACGGAAGCUUCCAGAAAACUUUACAGAGGCCAAGUUCAUUACUUUUAGCAUGCUCAUAUUCUUUAUAGUUUGGAUCUCUUUUAUCCCUGCGUACUUUAGUACUUAUGGCAAGUUUGUUUCAGCUGUGGAGGUCAUUGCUAUACUGGCAUCCAGCUUUGGGAUGCUGGCUUGCAUCUUCUUUAACAAGGUCUACAUCAUCCUCUUCAAACCUUCCAGGAACACCAUAGAGGAAGUCAGAUGCAGCACCGCAGCCCAUGCUUUCAAAGUGGCAGCCAAAGCUACAUUAAAACACAGCACAAUUGCUAGAAAAAAGUCCAGCAGCAUCGGUGGAUCCUCUGCCUCGACUCCGUCUUCAUCAAUAAGCCUGAAGACCAAUGGCAAUGACUGCACUCCGACCUCAGGAAAGCAUAAGCCAAGGGUGAGCUUUGGCAGCGGAACAGUUACUUUGUCCUUGAGCUUUGAGGAGUCAAGGAGGAGUUCCCUGAUGUGAUAGUAUAUGUAUGUAUGUAUGUGUGUCAAACUUCAGCUUCAUCAAUCCCAUUUAUACCGUGGACUUUAUUUUGAAAUGCAUUUACAUGUAGAUUAAUGUAUUAGCAUUUUGUCUGAAAGAUAAAGUUUCACUGGAGGUAGAUAAAAGCAGUCCAACUAACAUUCCUUACUAUGACAGAAUCCUAUGAUUCUAUAUAACUUCCAGACUAACCCUGAGAUACACUGCUAAUAACAAUGGAAUAUUUUGUACAACUGAAAACAUUAUGUUAGAUCCUUAAGUGUUUAUGUGUCUUUAGUUUGUUUGUUUGUUUUGUUUGGUGUUUGUUUUUUGAGACACUAUUCCUUGUCUAAAUUAGCAAACUCUAUUUUCUAUCUAAUUAUCCAGUAAGUUUAACCAGAGAACAAACCCGGGCUCUUUAAUGUGACCAGAGGACGCAUGAGUCACACAGUAAAUGCACAAUUACAGGAUGUCAGCAAAACGUUCCAUGCUUUGUGAUUAUGUUCUAUUUUGGUCAACCACAACACAACAAAAGAAACAGAGGUAUAGUCUCUACAUGGCCCUGCCACCUUGUCUGGGGGUCUUUGGGCAACCCAAAUAAGGUCUAAACUGAAUUUGCCAGUGUUAUAUCAUGCGUAUUAGUGGAUCUGUGCAAUUAUGAUACCAAUUUGGUGAUAAUGAUCACUGUUGCUUUUGUCAGAUGUUUUUCACACACCUCUCUAAAAUCACAU